GGGGGGGUGUGACGUACGGAAGAUGGCGGCGGGCGAGGGCGCGGACGCGGGCGGGCGGACACGGCGAUGAGUGGCCGGGAUGGGGGCAGCGGCCGGCACCAGGCUCGUCCUCUCCUGCCUCCUCGGCCAUCACGUACUCGGUAAUCUGCCACCUUCUCAAAAUGUAAAUUUGAGUUCUAAGAACUUUAGCCUUCUUUUAAACUGGAACACUGAAGAAUAUUCUCCUGAAAUAUUUUACUUGGCAAGCAGUGUUUGGCGGCGUGCCCCCAAUUGUACCGACCCAUCUGGAGAGGGCUGCGACCUUACGUGCACCAUUGAAAGCUGCUAUGCAGAUUAUCGAGUCAAGAUUGGGAGCCGGGUGCCAGGGCCGUCCACUGCUUGGAGAUGGUCCAAAUAUUUUAACCCAUUUAAAGACAUUGAUCUAGGUGCUCCUCAGCUGAAAGUAGAUUUGAAAGAAGAAUCCAUGUUGGUGCACCUAAUGGUUAAGUUAGCAGUUUGCAAAGAGAAGGUGUUGAAGGCCUGUCUGCUUGAUAACCUGAGCUACGACGUCAAGUUCUGGAAUGCGGAUGAACUUUUCAAAAGGCCAAUUGAACAAAACACAGCAGAGAAAGUUCUGGAAAUUCAGAAGACUCAGUUGGACGGCAGUAAUGUCUGUGUAUCUGCCAGGUCUGUUUACAAGAGUUUUAACAAAAGAGGCAAUUUCUCUGAGCCCCUUUGUCUCAGUCUCAAGGCCAAAGGAAUGCACAUGUUGAUGGUUCUUGUCCUGGUGGCGUGUGCGCUGGGAUUAUUCAUUCUGAUUCCUUCAGUUGUGAUCAAAGUGAGAAAUAUCAUCUCGGUUCCAUCAGGACUGAAGACCCCGGAAGCAUUGGAUUUCACAAAUAAAAUAUCUUCUAUCCAAAUGGAAUAUUGCCAACCUGUUGAUUGCAGUCUGUUAAAUGUUAUUCACUGUAACGAAAGUGGAAUGAUGAAAGAAAAACCUUCCUCUGAAAGAACUGUUCCUGGGGACGAUAUUGCAACUGGUGCUUUGGGUGGUCUGGACUCUUCCAGUGAGAGUGAUGAGGACUUGGAAUCGUACGGUUACACCGAGAAUCGCUGGAUUCCCGACGGAGUGAUCAUGGACAGAGAUGAAAGACAUGAUGAUAGUUUCUACCAGGCAGCCAACACAGACCCAUAUCGGAAAGCAAAUUGCUCUUUCACGUCCAAUCAUGCUGCCUUUGACAUCCAGAGUCAGGGCUCUGGGUGUUCUCAUCACACUCCACUCCAGACUAAAUUGUGCAGCGAUGUUGCCAGCCCUUGCAGUGUUAAUUCUGUGUUGCUGAAUUGCAGCAACUUCCAUGACAGUAUUAAUGUAUUGGAGCCCUGUGACGAGGGGAGUAACGAUGAUGUCCCUUUGACUUCUGUGAAGCUGCUCACUUGUAACGGGGGGAUCGAUGAUGGUGAUGACCUGUUAUCUUUUAACCCACCAGUGCCUGAUCAUGAUUUGAACCCACAGGACAAUGUAGCCUGGGACAUUGGCUCCAAUCCUACUUGCCUCUAUGGGAUGUAGGGAAAGUAUUUUACUCCAGAGAUACAGUGCAGAAACAAGCUGACAAGUGAUCACUCCGUAUGCCAGUACCCUCCUACACAGUUUUACCGAAGCCCAUUAACCUACAAACCUGUACAUCUUUACAAUGUGGGAGAAAAACGGAGAAAAACGGACAAGUGUGCAAACUCUGCACAGACAGCACGGGUAGUCGGGAUCCAACCCGGGUCUCUGGCGCUGUAAGGCAGCGGCUUUACCUCUGCACCACCAUGCUGCCUAAAUGUUUACUGUGCAUUUUGUAUUCUGUAAUAGGAAUUUUGUAUUGACAAGAUACUCUAGGUGCAGGAAUCGUGAACAAAACACAAACUGCUGGAGAAACUCAGCGAGUCAGGCAGCAUCUGUGGAAGGUACACAAAAAAGCUGGAGAAACUCAGCGGGUGCAGCAGCAUCUAUGGAGCGAAGGAAAUAGGCAACGU